ACUGAUUGACGCCAUGAAUGAGCCUAUCCGUCGGCUGGCCGGUCCGAGACGGCUGCGGGGAAGAAGGUAGAGCCGCGGCCGGUCGGGAGGGGGCGCCCGCGGCCUCCCUUCCGCCGAUCCAGCGGCUGAGUAUCAAGGCGAAGCGAGGCGGGGAUUGAUGGGCGCAGCUGCGGCGGCCGCGAGUCCCGGGGGGCCUCCAGCGCUCGCACGCCCACCGGACGGCGCCGGGGAGGAGAGGAGCCCCGAAGGUCCCGCCGCUGCCGGUCUACGAAGGUCAUCAGAAGAGAAAGCACUGCUAGCGAACAAGAGGGUAGCUCCUGAAGUAAAUGAGAAUCAACGAGGAGUUGAAUUUUGCAGUUCAACAUCUGAAGGACCAGGAUGGGGCGCAUUUGAGAAGAACAAGAGGGCCCCGUUCGUUGGGAUGGAGGAACGCUGGGAAUCGCAGUGGCAGCAGUUCCUCAAGACGCUGCAACCGGUUCACCCAGGAGAAGGCAAAUCCGAGAUGUCGGAGGCUUCUCCCUGGGAAGACCCCAAGGUCUUCCUGGCCUCCUUCGAGCAGGUGGCCCAAGCCUGCCGGUGGCCCAGAGAAGAGUGGGUGGCUUGUCUCCUGCCGGCCUUGAGCGGAGAAGCUGAAGAGGCUCUUCAGAAGCUGGGAAUCGGAGAACGGGACAACUAUGGGAAGGUCAAGGCCGCCAUCUUGAAAGGGGAAGCCAUGAAAACGGAGGCCCAGCGUCAACGCUUCAGGCAGUUCUGCUGCCUGGAGGUGGAAGACCCUCGGGUGGUUUACAAACAAAUCCAGGAACUUUGCCACCAGUGGUUGAAACCAGAGACACACACCAAAGAGCAGAUCCUGGAGCUGCUGAUCCUGGAGCAGUUCCUGGCCUGCUUGCCUACAAAGCUCCAGAGCUGGCUUCAACCCAGGAGGCCGGACACCUGUUCCCAGGCGGUGGCCCUGGUAGAGGACUUCCUGCAGAGUCAGCAAGGAACCAAAUCAGAAGCAUGUCAGGGGCCACCAAAUGAAGAACCCACUGAUUUUGAAUGUGCCGAGAAGGAGCCCUUAGAAGCCGUGAAGAGAGAAAAUGUUGAAGUGGAGAUCGGAAAGCUGGGACCUGGAAUCGAAUCCCCAGACCCUCCCAGCUCAUUGCUUCCUUCUGAAAGAUUAGGGAUGGUCCAUACUGCUUUGAGAGAGGAGGUCACAGACCUGAAGGAAAGAGAUGUUCGCUUGCCGACAGCCAAGUGGGAUCUGGUCCAGCCUGUUCCUAAAAGGACGGCCUUGGAGGCUCUCCAGUCGGAGCACGGAAACGUCGGCUCUUUAAAGAAUAGCCUGGGAACCGAGAUCAAAGUGGAGAAUUCUGAGAAUCGAGGAGAGGAACCGGAGUCAACAUGCAAGAGAGAUCAAGAGUUUAGUUCUGGGAAUCUGCCAAUAAAAGUAGAAAUGGAAGAAGAAGGUCACAAGUCAGGAGAGCAGCGGCAGAAGCACGUCCAUACUUCGCUUCAACAGGAAUUUACUCCUGCUCUUAUUGAAAAGGCCACUAUGUCCAAACAAAAUAAUGUGCCCUUAUUCUCCAAAUAUGAUAGAAGGUACCCCUCUCAAGUGGAACUGAAUCUAAUACCUUCUACGGAGAAAUUAGAGCAACGUCCACAAAGAGUGGAGGACAGCUACCAGCAUACUUCAACGAUGAGUCAAGAGGAGAAACACAUCCUAAACGAACAAAGAGUUGAAAUCUCUGAUAAUGGAACAGGGAAUAAUUUGAACGACCUGGGGGAAACUCGUAAUAAUUCUCCCGAACAUGAGAAAACCUUGACUAACCCAAACUCAUUAAACAGAUUUCCGGUGUGUAAUCCCGAAGAGGAAUGGUACGAAUGUUCUCACUGCGGGAAGGGCUUCAAUAAAGUCAAAUACUGGAAGCAGCACCAGAAAAUUCACACUGGGGAGAAGCCAUACAAAUGUCUACAGUGCGGAAAGUGCUUCAACCAGUCGGGAAAUCUGAAGACCCACCAAAGGAUUCACACCGGCGAGAGACCCUACAAAUGUUCCCAGUGUGGGAAAUGCUUCAGUCACACCAACUGUUUGAAGAUGCACCAGAGGAUUCACACUGGAGAGACUUACAAAUGUACUCAGUGUGGGAAAUGUUUCAGAGAGACAGGAAUCUUAAAGAGGCAUCUGAGGACUCACACUGGAGAGAGGCCAUACACGUGUUCCCAGUGUGGAAAAUCUUUCAGCCUGGCGGGAAUCCUGAAGAGACAUCAAAGAACCCACACGGGUGAAAGACCCUACAAAUGUUCUCAGUGCGGGAAGGGCUUCAAUCGGUUGGGAACGCUGAAGAAACACCAGCGAAUUCACACAGGCGAGAAGCCGUACAAAUGUUCUCACUGCCAGAAAUGCUUCAACGAGAGAGGAAAUUUGAAGAGGCAUCAGAGAAUCCAUGCCAGAGAGAAGUGGUACGAAUGUCCCCAGUGCGGGAAAUGCUUCAAUAAAGCCAAAUACUGGAAGCAGCACCAGAAAAUUCACACCGGGGAGAAACCUUACAAAUGUUCCCACUGCGGGAAGUGCUUCAACCAGUCGGGCAAUCUGAAGACCCACCAAAGGAUUCACACCGGCGAGAGACCCUACAAAUGUUCCCACUGUGGGAAGUGCUUCAGUCACACCAACUGUUUGAAGAUACACGAGAGGACUCACACCGGGGAGACCUACAAAUGCACUCAGUGUGGGAAAUGCUUCCGGGAGACGGGGAUUUUGAAGAGGCAUCUCCGAAUCCACACUGGGGAGACCCCGUACAAGUGUUCGCAGUGUGGGAAAGGCUUCAACCUGAUGGGGACGUUGAGGAAACACCAGCGCAUUCACACCGGAGAGAAACCUUACAAAUGUUCCCAUUGUGACAAGUGCUUCCGGGAAACGGGGAUUCUGAAGAGACAUCAACGGACUCAUACCGGAGAGAGACCGUACAAAUGUACUCAGUGUGGGAAAUGCUUUACUCAUACCAAUGUUUUGAAGAUACAUCAAAGGAUCCACACUGGAGAGACGCCAUAUAAAUGUACCCAGUGCGGAAAAAGCUUCAGUCAGAGAGGAAAUUUGAAAACCCAUCAGAGAAUUCAUGCUAGAGACAACCUUAAUAUGGCACAAGGUGUCACCUUGGUGAAGGACCACACAAAUGCCCCCAGUUUGGGGAAAAAGCCUGGGAAGCCAGAAUUUUGAGGAGUGGUCAACCUCAGCUACACAGGUAGUCCUCAACUUACGAUCACCUUCGAGUCCUACGUUUCUGUUGCUGAGUGAGACAUUGGUUAAGUGAAUUUUGCCCCAUUUAACCAACGUUCUUCCCACAGUUGUUAAGUGAAUCACUGAAGUUAUUAAAUUAGUCACAGGGUUGGCGUCCCCCUUGACUUUGCUUGUCGGAAGAUCACAAAAGAUGAUCACAUGACCCCAGGAUACUGCAAUGGUCAUAAAUACGAGCCAGUUGCCAAGCAUCUGAGUUUUGAUUAUGUAACCAUGGGGAUGUUGUUGUAACAGUCGUAAGUGUGGAAAAACGGUCAUAAGUCGCUUUUUUCAGUGCGGUUGUAACUUCGAAUGGUCACUAAACCCUAACCCUAACCAUGGCAGGCAUAGUCAUUACAUGGGGCAAAAUUCACUUAACAAAUGUCUCACUCAGCAACAGAAUUUUUGGAUUCAGUUGAGGUCGUAAGUCGAGGACUACGGUCAGGUGUGAAAAUCGAUCAUAAGUCGCUUUUUUCAGUCCUGUAGUCACUUCGAACGGUUACUAAUCAAAUGGAUACAAGUUGAGGACUACCUGUCUGUUGAUUGUAUCAGGCGUUAUGAGAGGCCAAAGCCAACCGAAGAAAAUUAAACAACCAAGAUGGGGUUUACUUCCUUUUUUCCAGCAAAAAAAACGCCUCAUAGGGAACAAAGGAUUGCAUAAGGCAGGGAUCUCCAACCUUGGCAACUUUAAGCCUGGUGGACUUCAACUCCCAGAAUUCCCCAGCCAGUUCUGGGAGUUGAAGUCCACCAGGCUUAAAAUUUGCCAUGGUUGGAAGACCUGUGGCAUAAAGAACACCACGAAAAAUGUUGUAAAAAUGAAUCCAGGUAAUGUGGUGAUCUGCUUUGCGACCCUUGCAACAUAUGACCAAAGUUGCCGGCUUUAGUUACGGUCGUAACUUGAGUACCACCAGCAAGCCUUUAACUCAAAAAGGAAACUUCAAACAUUUCUAUGACAAUUACAUAUUUUAUAAACUACCGGUAAUCCUCAAUUUACAAGUUCAUUUAGUGACCGUUCAAAAGUUACAACGGCACUGAAAUAAGUGAUUUACGACCGAUUUUCACACGUAUGACUGUUGCAGCCUCCCCAUGGCCACCUGAUCAAAAUUCAGAUGCUUGGCCACUGGUUCAUAUUUAUGACGGCAGCUCGGUCCUAGGAUCCUGCGGUCUGCCUUUGCAACCUUCCGACAAGCAAACUCCAGGGAAAAUUCAUUUAACAACCGGGUUGCUAACUUUACAAAUGCAAUGAUUCCCUUAAAAGUCGUAAAACUGGGGCAAACUCAUUUAACAAAUGUUUUACUGAGCAGCAUAAUUGGACUCCAUUGUAGUCAUAACUUGAGGACUACCUGUAUUGUUAUUUCCUAUUUUUGUCCAGGAUCAUCAUCUCAAAUCGCAAGAGCAUACCUGUGAUGAAAGAAAAGCCUUUUGAAAAAUGGAAUUAGACACAUCUCAUUUAUUUGGCCAGUGUUUUGUUUUGUUUUUAAUUUAGCUAGUUUUGGAGUGGCACUGAGAGACAAACGUGCCUCUUAUGGCACAGACCUGCAUUACACUUGUUGGAACAAAUGCCCCCUUUACGUUUCCAGAUACUGUAUUAUGUUUUGAUUUGUAAACCGCCCAAAGGUAUGCAGAUGAGAUGGGCAGUAUAAAAAUUUCUUAAAUAAAUACAAUAAAAAAUUGUAGAAUUGCCUCAUCUAAAUUAAUAAUACAAUCCUGGGCUGUAUAAACAGAGGCAUAGAAUCAAGAUCACAUGAUAUAUUAGUACCGCUUUCCAAAACCCUAGUAAGACCACACUUUAAAAAAUAAUAAUUGAAUAUAUAUCCCGCCCUGCUCCGAAGACUCAGGGCGGCUUACACUGUGUCAAGCAACAGUCUUCAUCCAUUUGUAUAUUAUAUACAAAGUCAACUUUAUUGCCCCCAACAAUCUGGGUCCUCAUUUUACCUACCUUAUAGAGGAUGGAAGGCUGAGUCAACCUUGGGCCUGGUGGGACUAGAACCUGCAGUAAUUACAAGUGUUAAUAACAGACAGACUUAGUCUGCUAAGCAACCAAAGGCCCUCUGGAAUACGACAACCGAUUUUGGUCACCGUACUACAUACUAUUCUCUUCAGAGAAGAGCAACUAAGAUGAUUUAAACCUGGAGACUAAUCCGUAUGUAGAACAGUUUCAGGAUUUGGGUUUGGCUAGUCUAGAGGAAAAAAGAAUUGGGGUGACAUGAUAACGUUGCGAUAUUCCAGUAUUUAAGGAGCUGCCACAAAGAAGAGGGGGUCAACUUAUUCUCCAAAGCACCAGAGGGCAGGGCAAGUAACAAUGGUUGGAAACUAAUCAAAGGGAAGCAACCUGGAAUUAAGGAGAAACUUCCUAACAGUGAGGACAAUUAACCAGUGGAACAGUUUGCCUCCAGAUAUCGUGGGCACUCCCAUCACUGGAGGUGUUUAAGAAGACACUGGACAGUCACUUGUCUGAGAUUGCAUAGGUUCUGCUUGAGCAGGGGGCUGGACUAGAAGACCUCCAAGGUCCCUUCCAGCUCUAUUCUAUUCUAGAUCUUGUGGUUGGGCAGAUGAAGCUUCGUUCGCUUAUGUGACCUGGUUCCCAAUGGGGCAGGGACUGGAAUCUGUAAUCUGCAGACCAGGGGCUGGGGACCCUAU